GAUGUCCCUAGCUAGCAGCGAGUUUGUGUCGGACGGGGGGACGGGGCUGGGGAGCCUGUCACCUGUGAGCACGAUGACGUGGGGGAUGAGGAGGAAGAGGAGGAGGGACAAGAAGAAGGCUGGGUCGAGGACGAGCCUCCCGCCUGUUUUGCCACUGCUAUUUGGCGGGCAGAGGCUCAGCUCGGGCCUGUUCUCGGUGGGCAGCGGGCGGAGCGCAAGCCAGAGGAGCAAGGAGACGAUGAGCGGGGCUGGACAGGGCGCAGUGGCGUCGUCGUCGUCGUCGCGGCCUGGACAACAUCGUCGCCACACGUCCAAUGCCUGGGUCGAUGAGGACAGCAUCCACGGCCCGCCGAUGAACGUCUCGCCUGGUAAGCGCAAGAGUAAAGCCAGCCUUCGUCGCGGAGCCAGCGGUGAUGGUGGAGGGCGCGGCAAGGGGCGGCGGUCGUGGCGGCGUAGCUUUCGCGAGAGCUGGCCGCUGAAGACCAUCUCUCCCACGCUGCCCAAGCUUGCCUACUUCAGCAGCAGUCCCAAGAUGAUGGAACAGGGCGGCCAAGCUCAGCACUACCACUUCGACACUGUCCAGACAACGACCAUGGAUCCUCACC